GCCGGCAGGAGGCGCCGAGCCGGGCGGCAGCCGCGGCGGGCACAGCCCGGGGCCACUGCGCGGAGCCCAGCACCGCGCUAGCAGAGAGCGGCGCCGCGCACUGUGGUCCGGCGGGCACCUCGGGGACAGGCGCGGGGUGCAGCCUUCUGGUCCCGGCCGCUCUGACAAGGGCUCCUUUGGUGUGCCUGGCGCGGGGUGGGCGCGGACAGGGGCUCUGGGCUCGCGCGGGCCCCCGGGCGUCGCAAUGAACAUCGUAGUGGAGUUCUUCGUGGUCACUUUCAAAGUGCUCUGGGCGUUCGUGCUGGCCGCGGCGCGCUGGCUGGUGCGGCCCAAGGAGAAGAGCGUGGCCGGCCAGGUGUGCCUUAUCACGGGCGCCGGCAGCGGCCUGGGCCGUCUCUUCGCGCUGGAGUUCGCCCGGCGCCGGGCGCUGCUGGUGCUCUGGGACAUCAACACGCAGAGCAACGAGGAGACGGCGGGCAUGGUUCGCCACAUCUACCGCGACCUGGAGGCAGCUGAUGCCGCCGCGCUGCAAGCUGGGAAUGGUGAGGAAGAAAUUCUGCCCCACUGUAACUUGCAGGUUUUUACCUACACCUGUGAUGUGGGGAAAAGAGAAAAUGUCUACUUGACCGCUGAAAGGGUCCGCAAAGAGGUUGGUGAAGUCUCAGUCCUGGUCAAUAAUGCUGGCGUGGUCUCUGGACAUCACCUUCUGGAAUGUCCUGAUGAGCUCAUUGAGAGAACCAUGAUGGUCAAUUGCCACGCACACUUCUGGACGACUAAGGCCUUUCUUCCUACGAUGCUGGAGAUUAAUCAUGGUCAUAUUGUGACAGUUGCAAGUUCCUUGGGAUUGUUCAGUACUGCUGGAGUUGAGGAUUACUGUGCCAGUAAAUUUGGAGUUGUGGGUUUUCAUGAAUCCCUGAGCCAUGAACUAAAGGCUGCUGAAAAGGAUGGAAUUAAAACAACCUUGGUUUGCCCUUACCUGGUAGACACUGGCAUGUUCAGAGGCUGCCGAAUCAGGAAAGAAAUUGAGCCCUUUUUGCCCCCCCUGAAGCCUGAUUACUGUGUGAAGCAGGCCAUGAAGGCCAUUCUCACCGACCAGCCCAUGAUCUGCACCCCCCGCCUCAUGUACAUCGUGACCUUCAUGAAGAGCAUCCUUCCUUUCGAAGCAGUCGUGUGCAUGUAUCGGUUCCUAGGAGCAGACAAGUGUAUGUACCCUUUUAUUGCUCAAAGAAAACAAGCCACAAACAAUAAUGAAGCGAAGAAUGGAAUCUAAGAAUCUUUUUGUAUGAAAUAUCAUUUCUAUCAGAAGACGAUCAAGAUGUUUCAGUCCAGUGCACAUCAGCGUUACUGACAUUCUCUGGAUUCUAACCCCACGUUGACUUUUUUAAAAAAUCAACUUUUUUAAAAAAAUAAAGUGUAAAUUAACUGACUAGAGUACUUGGGAAGUGUGAUCAGUCAAAGUGAGCUAAGCUUGUUGCUAACAGGAUCCUUUUAGACAGGACCCUAAAACCAGUCUGAUCUUUAGACAAGCACUGUGUGACAUCUUUGGGCUGUCAUUAUUUUUUUAAUGAACAGAAAGUCUAGAAAUGAUAACUACAAUGUGUUUCACAUGUGUGAUUUUUCUGAAUUCCCAUAGAGUUUAUGCAUUCUUGUUAGUAAACUCUAGCCAACUGACAUCCUUGGAACUUCAAGGACUAUAGUGCUAUAUUUUCUCAUCUUUUCUAAGUUCCAGUUGUGUAAAGCCUGUGUGGCUUUUUCAUGGUGUCUGUAUGUUCAGCUCUUUUUGAAAAGGAAUUUUGAAAUCUCCAUCCAUUUGAAGCCAGUGAUGUCUGAGCAUUACAGUAAAGAUGAUCAGAUCCCAUUCUUAAACUCACAUUGACUAAAGUAUUAGAUGAUUUUUUUUUUCUUUACAUUUGACCUCUGAAAUACUUCAUUAAGUAUCUGGAGACCUAGUUAUCCAAAAAGACACGCAUUUUCUACCUAUGAAUUUUGCUGCAUAUAGAAAGUGCCCUUUCCUCAGGAGUUGCUGUGUUUUGUGUUUUGGGUUGGACUCUUAUCUAGAGUACACAGCAGCUUUGCAAAGAACCCAUUUCUAAAAAUGGGAAUUUCUACAUUAAAAAGUCCCCAUUUUUGUGCCAACUAUGAUUAGUGAGGGGGAAAAUCUUAUUCUAUGGAGUAUGUACGGAAGGGUGUAAAGAUUCCUUUGGAAGGUUUAUUCACAUUGUAGAACAGCAAAUGACAUUUUUACAGUAUUUUUUUGUAAAGCAAACUAUUUUGUGCCUUGAAUUUGGUAUAUGUGUAUUAGUGAAACAUUGUAAAAGUGAACUUCUACCUCUGUAUCUAAAUGUGUACCAUCCACUUGUAAAUUACUAUGAACUAUUAUGUGAUUGCUUUUUUUUUUUUUUUUUUAGAAUGUCUUGUUUAAAUAGUGACCAAUGUUUAAGGCUAUUAAAAUAAGCCAACUUUUACUAAUUGGGAAGUUUUAUAAAGGACUGAUUAAACUUAAUUAAAUUACA